CUGCCACCAACUAGUGAAUUCGAAGGGCAACAAGACCCUUGUCGACACGGGGAAAUAAACCAAAAUGACGAACACGCAACCACCAAAAUGCAAAAGCCUCGUCCUCGAUGCUGGUCCUCUGCUCUCGUUAUCACCCCUUCGAGGACUAGCGGAGUCAUAUGUCACCACACCGCAGGUUCUGGCCGAACUCAAGGAUAGUCGGGCGAGGGAGCACUUUGAGAAACUUGGGCUAAUGUCUGGAGUCAAAGUGGAAGUUCGAUCCCCGUCUCCAGCGAGCUUAGCAGAAGUUAUCCAGUUUUCAAAGAGGACGGGUGACUAUGCAGUCCUUUCCCAUGCCGAUAUCUGUGUACUUGCCCUUACGCAUACACUUCACGAGGAGGCGAAAAAGCGGAAAGAGGCUGAAAAGGCUUCGGCAUCUGAAGGGACGACAAGCCAUGUCGAAGCACCGUCCGAGCCUGAAACCACUGUGGACGAUACUGCAAGCGACGUUGCCGACAAUCUCGCAAAGGUCUCCCUAGAGGAAAUGGAAGUUCCUGAACCUCAACAAGAGACCAAGGAAGCACCAGCUGAGGCUACUGAGGGAAGCGCACAACCGCUCGAUGUAGAACUACAACCAAUCAACGACGAAUCUCCACGACCGGAACCAACAGAAAACACUCCUGCGCCGUUAGAGGGACGGCAAUCCCCAUCGCCCAUCUAUGACGACCCGUCCAACGAAGACGAUGGGGAGGGGGAGUGGAUCACGCCGCAAAACGUCGGCCUUCACAAAUCUCGGGCCCUCGACCUCCUACCCGACUCCAAUAUCGAUGGCAAGGGAAAGAAGAAGAAAGAGGAGACCAUCGAUGCAGGAUGUAUGACUGCCGAUUUCGCUAUGCAAAACGUUCUGCUUCAAAUGGGCCUAAACCUCGUGGGUUUGGAGGGUAAACGGAUCGAGAAAGUGAAGACCUGGGUGCUCCGAUGUCAUGCCUGCUUCAAAAUUUGCAAGGACAAUUCCAAAAAGUUCUGCCCGUCAUGCGGAAACCCGACACUACUGCGAGCGUCUGUCACCUUGUCAUCUCCCACAGCAUCGAACAGUGCGCCCGUGAUGCAGAUCCAUCUCAAACCCAAUUUCCAAUACCGAACGAGAGGAACGAAAUACUCUAUCCCUGCACCUAAGCCAGGCUCUGCGAAAGGCGGUGCCGGCACUGGCUUGAUCCUGAGGGAGGAUCAAAUAGAGUACAUGCGCGCAAAGAAGAUGGCCGACGGCAAGAGGGAGCGGGAGGAAGCCAAACUAAUGAAGGGCAUCAUUUCCAAGGGCGUCGAUGGAAAAGGCGUGAAUGCUGGACGUGGGUGCCGGUGGAAAGGGUCGGACGGUCAGAAACUCGCGGAUGGACGGCGAUAUGCCGCAAAUCGGCUAUGGUCGAAAAAAUCCCAAUGA